AGAAAGAAACGUGGACUUUAAAAUCGGUACCCCAGGCAUCAAUGCAACGCACUGUACUCCUCUGUCUACAGAAUCAAACGCGGCCUCAAUAUCCAUGAACAAUUUUCCGGACUUCACACUUAGCUGUCGAUUUACUAAGUAGUUUAAAACAUCUUUUGGCCACCGUUUUCAUACCAUACUCUUUCUGAAUCCCGUUUGAUUCUAUGGAAUGAGAUCUUUUUCCUCUAUUUUUCCUCACUAAUUUUUCUCCUAAACUAUCGCGUAUACUUUAUAUAAAGCCGGGGUGAACGUGAUCUUUCUAUAAUCUGAUGCCUUACCCCCUUUCUGCUUUUCUUUAUCGGAACUACGAUCCCUUCGUUUCAUUCUUCUGUCCAUUCCUCCCCUUUAGAUUUCAUUCAUCAGUCCCCAUACCUAAUUUUUUAAUUUAUUCCAGCCGUAAUUCCAUACUCUCCUGACAUCCCAUCCGUUCACCGCCUUUCUAUCCUUUCCCAAUUCACUAAUUUUUAAACUUGUUUUUCUGUUUUUGUCUCUUUGCUAUUCCUAUCUAUUUUUCAUCCACUUUCUUUUUCAUUCUUUUACAUAAACUACUAUACUUCUUUUUCAGUUUCUUAUACCUUGAUUUUUCUUUCCCUUUUCUCUUCCAUUUUGUCAGCUUUCUCCUUACCCUUUUCAUAAAUUCUCUACGUUCCGUGUCUCAUUAUCUCUUUCUCUCUUGUCUUCCCUUGAUAUCCCUCCUCCAUUAUUUUUUGGAUUCCCUUUCUUAGUUCUUACCACUGAACCCUUUUUUCUCUCCUUUCUCUCUUCCAUCAUCCUUUCUACUUAUUCCUUGAACACCAUUUUUUCCUCUUUUGACCAUAUCCACCACUUUUUAAUUUAUGAUAUAGAAUAAUUUUUAACAAUGAUUUUCUAAUUACAUGGAAUUCUAAUUGAACAAGUCAGAACUAUCUUAGACCCAAAACUCUCAAAAGUGCCAAAAAUUGUCAUUAUGACUGCUGAAUUAUGCUGCAAAUAUACAAAAUUGUAAAAAAUUCUUUAAUUACUGGAAUGUUCCUAAAAUAUUAUAUAAAUAUAAAACGAAUUUAGAACGAAUAGGAAUUCUUAUCAAAUGUAAUAUUUGAUGGCUUCCGGUACUUUAAAAAGAAAUGUGACGUGUCGGAAUAUGAAGUCUGAUUGCACCAACGUUAUUUUAACUUUAAGUGAAACUUAAGGCGCUGCUGGAUUGGUGGCCGAACUCACUCAUAUUGCAGAUUUUUUCCGACGGAGAGUCGGGCGAGACUCGGUCGCGUGCGAAGUAAAGAAGACUAGCGCUAAGGCCAGGGAAGCAAACUGGUGCUUUUUAUCAAAUGCACUUAUGAAUACAUUAUCUGUUCUUGUCUUUGAUCCAUCUAAUGAAUUCUUCACAUUUAUUUAGAGAUGCAGGAUGCUUUAAAAGUGAUAAACACGUAUAAGAAGGGCCGUUUGAAAAGUUUCAAAAAUUAUUCUGACGCUGUAGCAUAUGCGAAGACUGGAUAUAAAGAAUCUACGAAUAAUUAUUCUAUGACAGUUGCUACGGUGAAGGAACAAUCCAGUAAUUUUGAGGCACCAAGUCCCCAAGAUCUUACAGCCUUUAAAAGAUUAAUUCAAGAUGGGGAUUUAGAAACUGUGAAGAAUAUUGUAUGGGAGAAUCCAAGAUAUUUAAUCAGCAGUGGAGAUACGCCUGCUAUUUUACAAAUGGGUUCUCGAUACAACGCUUUACAUAUAGCAGCGAAAGAAGGCCACCCAGAAAUGUGUGAACUUAUACUGAAUACCGUUGGAGAUCCCAAAUUUAUGUUGUGGCAUUAUGGGGAGGAUAAAUGUAAAACUUACGUAAAUCCCACACAGAUUAUGCAGGAUUUAUACUUAAAUACACCAGAUAAAGGACUUAAUGAGACCCCGUUACAUUUUGCUGUUAAACAUGGCUUUAAAGAUGUUGUUCGGGUUCUUGUCUCUUAUUCACAAUGUAUCAAAACUUUGCCAAAUAAGCAUCAGCAGCUGCCUAAAGAUAUAAUAUGUGCCAGAAGAUGUCAGGAAAAUAAAGCUCUAAAGCGUGAGAUACUUAUGCUGCUAGAAGAUCAAUUCUAUGUACCUGUAUUAAGAACGGAAGGCAAUGCGUGUCCCCCUAUCAUUGGAGAACCAUUCUCGCCGACUAGUCCGCUUAAUUUAAACAAUGAUCCUAUCAGUCCUCGUGUCGAAGUAAGGGCAUUUGCUGGUCCAAUGUCUAAAACACAGGCAGUAGAAUUUCGAAAAAAAUGGAAAACUCCCCCACGUGUUACUCCUAAAAAAGGACAAGGCGAUUCACAUGGUAUUAAUAGUCCUAACGUAGCUCUAAGGCUACAAGAUACAGAAAAAGGAUUGGAACGUGUUGGGAGAGAUCUUGCUAAAGAAUGUGAAGUGCCUUGGAAAGAAUAUUGGCCGUUUUUAAAAGAUUUUGUUGAUUUUCGGAAUGAUGAUGGUUUGACAAAGCUUGAAAAAUACUUUGAGCAGAAAUUUAAGGAUUAUAAGGAACAAUUAUUUUAUUCGACGAGAAACUUGAAUAAUAAUGCAUAUGCAUCAACAAGUUGCGAAGUUGAAUCUGUAAGUUGCCAACAGACGCCAAAAGAAAUGGAUGCCAUUAACGAUAUACAAUACUUGUGUGAUAAAUUAUGCUUGCAUUCAUUAUCUUCUGAAUUAGAUAAUAUAGAAGAAGAUACAGAUAGCUUAGAAUUUUUUACACCUCCAUCUUCGCCAGAACUAAUUCAAGACAACAUCGAUGAUAUGCAGACUGCAGAGGAAGGUUCUCAAAUAUUUCUCGAAGGAUUUUCACCAACGAAAUUAGAUUAUGCUGUUUACAACGCACUUUCAUCCGCAAUUUGUCCUGAUGCAUAUCCUUGUAUUUACCGCUGGCGACAUGACAUGCAGCUAGCUAUGAAACGCGAUCCAUGCAGAUUUGACAAGACAUCCCUUAGGAGGAAACUAUUCACAGUUAAUUAAGUAUCUAUAAUAAUUAAGACAGCUGUAUUGAUCUUCAUUGCCAAACUUUGAAUUAACAACACAUUGGGCCGUUUCUCACGAAUUAUAAUGUCUACGAACUAAGAAAAACAAUUAAUUUCCCUUAGAUAAUUAGUGUUGACGCAAUUUAUUUUCUUAAAAAGUUUUAAACUAUUAAUGUCGCGUAAAAUGUAUAAACUUCUUUUGCGCAACGUUAUUGGAUAAGCGAAUCAUAAAUGUAUUCAAGAUGAGAUAAGAGAAGGAUAUAUUUUGAGACAUUUUUACAAGAUCUGUAUCUAGGAAAGCCUUCACUUUCAAACUUUUGAUGUUGUAGCGUAUACCUCUUUUUAUUGUUCACCGUUUUUAGUUACAAUAAAUACUCAUUGCUAAAAGAUACA